AUGCCACGCGAUCCCUUGAUUGGGCUGGUGGGCAAGCCAUCGAGUGGGAAGUCAACCACUCUGAACAGCUUGACUGACGCCUCAUCCAAAGUUGGUAAGAGAUGCAGAGAUCAUGAGACGAAAGAGGAAGAGGCAAGCACUGGUGCUCGGGCUAAUCACAAAUCUGCCGGUCCUCCGCCUGUAGGAAACUUUCCUUUCACGACCAUCGACCCUCAAAGAGCCGUCGGGUACCUUCAGAUUGAAUGCGCCUGUCUACGCCAUAAUGUCUCCGAUCGCUGCCAACCGAACUAUGGUGGUUGUCACGAAGGACGGCGCUCGGUUCCUAUUGAGCUACUGGACGUGGCAGGACUGGUUCCCGGUGCGCACCAGGGACGGGGUCUUGGAAACAAGUUCCUGGACGACUUGCGACACGCAGAUGCUCUCAUUCACGUGGUGGAUGUCAGUGGCACAACUGAUGCAGAGGGGAAAGCGACUCGGGGCUACGAUCCGUCAGUGGACAUUGAGUGGCUGCAUUCAGAGAUUGUCCGCUGGGUUUUGGGUAACUUGAUGGAGAAAUGGGGGUCGAUUAAACGCCGUCAUGUCGCAACCAAGGCAAACCCCGUGGACACUCUACAAGGACAAUUCUCUGGGUACGGAAGUACAUCAACGAUUGUGGCGCGAUGUCUGGAUCGCUUGGCAUUGAAAGAGCCUCUCGAGUCGUGGUCAAAUGAGACGGUGGAGAUUGUGGUCAAGGCUUUCAUUGACGAGAAAUUCCCCAUGGUCUAUGCCUUGAACAAGAUUGAUCACCCUGAUGCAGAUAAGAACAUAAGCAAAAUCGCCAAAAUGCAGGAUCCUCAAGCCAUCGUUCUUUGCUCAGCCAUAUCAGAGGUCUUUCUCCGACGAUUAGCCAAACAAGGCUAUAUCAAAUACGUCGAGGGCAGUGAAUUUGUGGACACAAGGGAAGAUCUGAUCGAGAUGGGGGAUCCAGAUGGCGGUGGCUUGAAGGAGAUGGACGAAAAAUUGAAGGCUCGUGUCGAAAAUCUAAAAGACAUGGUCCUGUACCGCUUUGGGUCAACGGGCGUUGUGCAGUGCCUCUCAAGGGCCGCAGAACGUCUCGGAUUGGUCCCAGUCUUCCCCGUGCGCAACGUUCAGACUUUCAACUCCGGAUCAGGAAGUGCGGUGUUUCGUGAUUGCGUCCUGGUUAAGAAAAAUAGCACAGUUGGCGACGUUGCUCGGAAGGUCAUGGGCGAUGUCCCUAUCUCCUACAUUGAAGGCGUUGGAGGAACGCGGGUGUCAGAGGAAGAUAUUGUAGCGGUUGGGAAACAUGAUAUUCUUUCCUUCAAAGUCGGACGGUAA